UCCCAAGAGCCAGAACAAGUGGCCAACAACAUAUGGAAUUGUUGUUCAAAAUAAAAAAAUAAACAAUGGAAUCCAAAAACCCAAGAGAAUAUCUCCAAGUAACCCGACAAGAUUCAGACCGGGUCACCGGAGUCAACAUCUCCCGGCAGCAAUCAACCGAAGCAAACCUUAGCUUCUAUGAAGAAUUCGCCAUUAGAGGGAUUCAAGUUGAUCAUUUCCAGCCUGGUUCUAUAUCUUGCUCUUUCGUAGUCCCACCUCGCCUUACUGAUAGGAAUGGAUAUUUGGCAGUGGGCGCGAUAGCGAAUUUAGUAGAUAAGAUUGGCGCAAUGGCAUUUUAUGAGAAAGAAACUGCUAUGCCUUUAUCUGUGGAUAUGUCCAUUUCUUACCUUUCUACUGCGAAACUCGAUGAUGAGUUGGAGAUAAACUCAAACCUUUUAGGUAGAAAAGGGGCAUAUCAUGGAACUCAUGUUGUUUUGAAAAAAAAAACAACUGGAGAAAUGAUUGCUGAAGGACGACAUUCAUUGUUUCGUAAGCCAAAGAGUAAAAUUUGAAUAUAGAUUGGUCUUCUGGUUAGAGGACAUUAUUAAUUCAAAACACUUGCUUUUGUCGUUUGUUGCGUCUUUGUAUAAUAAGCUCCACAAGCGAACAAGUCUGCUUUUUUUCGACCCCUGUCCGAUGAAUAAGAAAAUUAGCUUAGCUUCUGCAUAUUCUGAUAACUGAUGAAUAUGAUCAUCGAAUGAAAAAAUGUUGGCUUCACACCGAGGGAACCUAUAAGACAAAAAUCCGACAAAAUGUUCUAUAUCUUUAUGUCUACAUUUUAAGGUGGUGUAUGAUAUUAGUAUAUAAAAUUUCACUUUCAUUGUACUAAUGAUAUUAAUGUAUGAAGAAUUCAGGGUGUAAUAUGAGAUCUCAAAGCUUACAAUAAUGUUACAGCAUUUUUCUCUUUUAAA